UCAUUUGUUCUAAGAGGUAGUAUUAUAAAAAAAAUCUUUACUUAAAAAUACUGAAAAUGAUUACACUAAAAGUAAUUGCGCUGGCUGUUCUAGUAUUAACAUUGGCAUCUGCAGGCGCCUUCGUUUUGAUGGAAACAGAAGAGUCGGGACUGUUGUUGAAAAAUGAAACUCUCAUUCAAAUGUUUUGUAUCAGGGAAUCAGGAUCCGAUGCAGCCUAUCAGAAAUAUCUUUCCACACUCGGAAAUCUCGGCUUGUGCAUACUGAAUUUAAACGAUUCGUCGGAUAUAUCAUUCGAGGCCACAUCAUCCGGUGUGAUACGAAUAAAAAACCCUUGUCCAUUGUUGAACACAAGUCUCCCUUGUUUCGAUGGUUUUAAAGAAGCUUUCACCUUGUGCUUUCGCGAAGAUUCUGCUUCGUUAACUGGGCAGGUGGCGAAUGAAAUCACCAGCAAUUUAUACAAUUUGAUGUGUGGUGAUGCAUCCAUCUAUGAAGAAAUGGGACAGCGAGCUUUCCAUCAAUGUGUUACUCGAUUAUGGAAUGAACUCGAUGAAUGCAGUGGGCCUAGCUUAUUCCCAAAGAAUUCAAGAUAUGAUAACGUGUGCGGGGCAUACAAGUUGGGUCGAGAAUGUUUGCAGAGAAAAGUGAACGACUGUGAGACUCAAGAAGUCAUGAAACUAGUGGAUGCUGUCUUGGAACCGUUUAACAAGUUCGGUAGAUGUAUGGAUGAUGAUUUUUAACCAACAAAUGCAUCAACAGGAAAUACUAUUCAUAAAAAAAUAAAUUAAAAAUGAACAAAAUAUAUAUAG